UUAAUGCCGGAAUGAUUCUGCAUGAAUUGCAGAUCCUAGCUGUUGUAUAUGGGAAUCCAUGCAGAAUUGCAGAUCCAUAUCUAUUUGAGAAUUUUUUUUUUCCCCUAAGAAAAGGUAGCUAAAUUCUGAUCUGUGGUUGUCCUUGCUCUUUUUCACUAUUCUUUUAUCCUCAUCUUCUAAUUAAGUGACACUAUGAGUCUAUGACUUACAUAUAUACAUGUAAGAUAAAGAGCUCCUGUAGAAAUUAUGUCUAUACAAAGAAGUUAGUACUUGAUGUUCUAGGUUUAGAUGCAAUUACCGUUAGGUUAAAACAUUAAAGAAGCAUGAUGCAUUGAGGUCUAUUCAUCAAAUCAAAUGCUGCUGUGGGGGUCGAAAAAAGUGCUUAUGUAAUUAUAGAUCUUGAAGCCUCAGUCGUGUACCCCACAAGUUGAGAGUUUUGCAGUGGGUAAAUUCACGAGCUUUUGUAUGCAGGUAUGAACACGGGCAUUCAGGAUGCCCAUAAUUUAGCCUGGAAAAUAAGCUGUUUGUUGAAAGAUGCUGCUUCGCCUUCCCUUAUAAAAACUUAUGAGUCAGAGCGUAGACCAAUUGCCAUCUCCAACACUGCAUUAAGUGUUAAUAACUUCAAAGCAGCUAUGUCAGUUCCUGCUGCACUUGGUAUUGAUCCAACUGUUGCAAAUACAGUUCAUCAGGUAAUAAACAGUAGUUUUGGAUCCAUUCUUCCUUCUACUUUCCAAAAAGCUGCCCUGGAAGGAAUUUUUUCCAUUGGCCGGGCACAACUCUCGGACUUUGUUCUGAAUGAAAACAAUCCACUUGGUUCUUCAAGGCUUGCUAGGCUGAGGGCUAUAUUUGAUGAGGGGAAGAUUGGUUUCAGGUACCUUAAGGGAGCUCUGGUAGCUGACAGUGACAACGAAACACAAGAAACGGUAGAAACUGCUGCUACCUAUAAGAGAGGGUCAAGGGACUAUGUUCCCUCCGGUAAACCUGGAUCGAGAUUGCCACAUAUGCAACUGAGGAUGUUGAAUGCAUCAGAAAAUGAGGAUUCUAUCUCAACCUUGGAUCUAAUAUCUGUAGAAAAACUAGAAUUCCUUCUGAUUAUUGCACCGUUGAAAGACUCCUACGAUGUUGCUCGUGUGGCCUUUAAGGUAGCAGAAACACUCAGAGUCUCACUUAAGGUUUGUGUGAUCUGGGCUCAAGGUUCGGCUCCUGCUGAUGCUUCUGGAAGUGGACAGGAAGUGGAGCCCUGGAAAAAUUAUGUAGAUGUUGAAGAAAUUCAGAGGUCAAACUCAAAGUCAUGGUGGGAGGUGUGUCAAAUGUCGAACAGGGGGGUCAUUUUGGUCAGACCUGAUGAUCAUAUUGCAUGGAGUACAGAGAUUGAUUCUGUUGAGAAUAUUGUGCAACAAGUGGAAAGAGUCUUCUUCCUAAUAUUAGGGGCGGUGAGGACCUCUUCGUAGAAUUUUUUUGGUUAUAUUGGUGUUUCUUUUUUUUAGCUUAUAGCAGACAGAUUGCUCUCGAGUAAGGUUAUGGUGCGUAGAGAUAAAAGCUCAAUGAAGAUGCAGUAUUUUGUAAAUCAGUUUGACAGCUAAAAUAUUUAUAUGAUUCCAAAAGAAAAAAUUGCUCUCAGAGUUACAAUCCCGCUGAUCGGCUGUUUCACUUGUACUAUGAUGUAUUCCUUUUUUUAUGAGUUACGAUUGGUAAUAUUUCUAGGCUUUGUAAUGUAAUCAUGUACAAUAUUCUUUUGCCAAAUAUUUCCUUUGUUUGGAUUCGCAUGUCA